AUGGAGAGCUCAUUGAAGGAUUCGGUUCUUGAGUUGGACCCUGUUUCCGCUGUUAACGAUGGGGUUCUUGGCUUCUACGGCGAGGUCAUGCCCAUGGAGGAUCAGGGGGUCACUCCCUGGACCGUCUCUGUUGCUAGUGGAUAUACUUUACUGCGAAAUCCACAUCACAAUAAGGGUUUAGCCUUCACGGAUAAAGAAAGAGAUACUCACUACUUGCGUGGUCUUUUGCCUCCUACUGUCAUUUCUCAAGAUCUUCAGGUGAAAAAGUUGUUGUACAGGAUACGGCAGUAUCAAGUUCCUCUGCAGAAAUACAUGGCCAUGAUGGAUCUUCAGGAAAGCAAUGAAAAGUUGUUCUAUAAGCUUCUGAUUGAGCAUGUUGAGGAGUUGCUUCCGGUGGUUUAUACUCCAACUGUAGGAGAAGCAUGCCAGAAAUAUGGAAGCAUCUUCAGGCGGCCACAGGGUCUUUAUAUUAGUUUGAGGGAGAAGUAUGGUUAA